GCAGGAGCCCCGGGCAGGAACGAGUAGAGACCCGGGCAGAGGGCGAGGGUGGAGGGCGCUGGCGUUGGCGGGCUGCAGAAGAUGAGCCACAGCUACUCAGGGCUGAGCAGGGUCCUGGUGGUCGUGGCUGCAGCCCUGGUGUCUUCCUCUUCGCUCUGCCCCCAGGCCUGGGGUCCCUCAGGGGUCCAGUAUGGGCAGCUUGGCAAGUCGGUGAUGCUGUGUUGUCCUGGAGUGAAUGCUGGGACCCCAGUUUCCUGGUUUCGAGAUGGGGACUCUGGGAUGCUACAGGGACCAGACGCUGGGUUAGGGAAUGAGCUGGUCCUGGUUGGGGCAGACAGCAGUGAUGAGGGCACUUACAUCUGUCGGACACUGGAUGGUGCCCUUGAGGGCAUGGUGAACCUGAAGCUGGGCUACCCACCAGCCCGUCCUGUGGUCUCCUGCCAAGCAGCCGCCUAUGAGAACUUCUCCUGUACUUGGAGAUCCAGCCAGGUCAGCGGUUUACCCACCCGCUACUUCACUUCUUACAGGAAGAAGAAUGCACCAGAAGCUGCUAAUAGUCAGAGUGAGGGUUCAUCCACAGGGCCCUGGCCAUGUCCACAGGAACCCCCAGGGGCUACCCGCUGUGUGGUUCAUGGGGCCGAAUUCUGGAGCAAGUAUCGGAUUAAUGUGACUGAGGUGAAUCCGCUGGGUGCCAGUACACGCCUGCUGGAUGUGAGCUUGCAAAACAUCUUGCGUCCUGACCCACCCCAGGGGCUCCAGGUAGAGUCAGUACCUGGCUACCCCCGACGCCUUCGUGCCAGUUGGACAUACCCUGCCUCCUGGCCUCGCCAGCCUCACUUCCUGCUUAAGUUCCGGCUGCAGUACCGUCCAGCACAGCACCCAGUCUGGUCCAUGGUGGAGCCCACUGGCUUGGAGGAGGUGAUCACAGAUGCUGUGGCUGGGCUGUCUCACACUGUGCGUGUCAGUGCCCGGGACUUUCUGGAUGCUGGUACCUGGAGCGCCUGGAGUCCAGAGGUCUGGGGAACUCCAAGCACUGGUCCUCUGACAAAGAUACCUGUUGAGGACCAGCUACCUAUGCAACCACGAGAGACAGAAGAUCAGGUGGACAGCCCUGCUCCUCCAAGGCCUUCCGUGCAGCCAGACCCACAACCAUUUGAUCACAGAGAUCCAUUGGAGCAAGUGGCUGUGUUAGCAUCUUUAGGAAUUUUCUCUUUCUUGGGACUGGCUGCUGGGGCCUUAGCACUGGGACUCUGGUAA